ACAGUUCAGUGCUUUUCACUUGAAGACUUUGUGCCUGUGUGAUGUGGAUGUCAUCUUUCAUUAUUUAAAUCAAGCUCUUUGGAUAUUUUAAAACAUCUGCAUUUACAGAACUCUCUCAGGGAUUUGGGAACAACAGCAUAGCCAACAGGACUGAAAAAUGUCAAAAGAUAAAAGUGAAAAAAAGGACAAAUCUGAAAAGGCUCUGGCAGCAGAAAAAGAACAAUUCGUCAAACAACAGCUGCAGAGCAUUUCAAAGUGCAUAACCUCCACUGAGGCUCCAAUAAAGGCGAAAUAUGGCCGCAAUAUCCUGUUAGGUACGCAUUCGGAAAGUGGAGCCGUUACUUUCUGGUCCCAUGCUGUGAAUUUGCCACUGGCCAGCAACGCCAUCCUCAGCUGGAAGUUCUGCCAUAUGGUGCAUAAACUCCUACGUGAUGGCCAUCCUAAUACCCUGCGAGAUAGCAAAGGACAUGUCCCAAAUAUUAAGCAAAUGGGAUCUUUAUGGGGAACCCUCCAUGAUCGAUAUGGGCAUAUUGUUGCUCUGUAUGCGAAGUUCCUGUGCAUCAAAAUUGACUUCCAUUGUAAGCACAAAGUGAUUCCACCAAAUCUUGAAGUUCCUGACGAGGUCCUUGAGAGGGCUAUUGCAGUUGAUAUAAAUGAAGUGUUUGAAACCACUGGUGAGGUGCUAGACUAUAUGGAUGCUGCACUUUUAUUACAGGAAACAGUUUUCAGACAACUUGAGUCCAACAAUACGAGCUCAACGACUGCUGUGGGUCAGUGCCGCCUAGCUCCCUUGGUCCCACUUAUCCAAGACUGUAGCCCUCUCUAUCACUUCCUUGUCAAGCUCCUGUUCAAGCUACACAGCCGAAUACCCAUGGAUGCUCUGUUGGGCCAUCGUGAGCGAUUCCGUGAUCAGUUCAACAGUCUUUCCCAGUUCUUUGAGAAAGCCAGGAGCAUGGAGUUCUUUAAAACCAUCAUACAGAUCCCUGAUUUUCCUGAUUCCCCUCCAAACUUCCUGCGUGCAGCUUCGUUGGCUGAUUAUGUCAAGCCAGUGGUGGUUCAUAAUCAGCUUCCUGAAGAUGAUGAUACAGAGACUCAGGUGGAAGCUGGUGAAGGAUACCCAAUGUUCUAUUCUUUCAACCAGUAUGACCCAACAAAUGACGUACCUGUCCAAAGGGAGAAAGAGGUCGACUCUCUGAGGAAGGAGCUUGAAGCAAUGAGACCUGAGGUGCAGAUGUUCAAAGCAGAGGCCCAGCGUGCCGUCAUCCACCUGAAGGACCAAGUGAAUAAGUUGGAGGCGGAGCUAGAAGACCAACGCACUCACAAGCAGAUGGCUAUGGUGGAGAACGAGCAGCUGCGCAUGGAGGUGGAGGCAUUAAGGACACAGACGGCAGUCGCUGCGAGUAUGCAUGCCUCUGUAGACGACAGCCGAGUUCAAACUGCCCAGAUGCAUUUCACACGGCUUAAAGAAAAGCACGCAGAGCUGGUCACCAGGCAUGCUGAUCUCAUGAGAAAGAAUGCAGACAUGGUGAAGCAGCUGACCAGCACUCGGCAAGCUCAGGAGGAGCUGGUCAAGGUCAAGCAGCAGAUUGCAGAAGACCUGGAGCAGCUCAAACAGGAGAACAGUACCAAGCUUGAAGCACAGAAGGCAGAAAUCAUCCAACUGAGGCAAGAGCUGCAGACUGGAAAAGCUGAAAUAGUAAAUGUUCAGAGUGCACUCCAGAGCAAAGAAAAGGCAGGAGAUCAGCUGAGCAGUGUGUUGGUAGGGCUUCAGGCUGAGAAGGAAACAUUGAUGCGCUCUCUGAAAGAGCAGGAGGCUGAGCUUGCUAACCUGCGCCAGAGCACUCAGCUGCACCAGACCACGCUGCACCAGGAGCGAGACAAUACCCAAAGAGAGAUUGACUCCCUGAAGAGCCAACUACAGGGAAAAGUGAGUCGAGAACAGGAGCAGCAGAUGGAGUUGGAUAAACUGAAGAGAGAGCUGGAGUUGAAAAGAGCAGAGGCACUAAGUGUGCAGAGUGCACUACAGAGUAAAGAGACGGCAGGAGAUCAGCUGAGCAGUGUGUUGGUGGGGCUUCAGGCUGAGAAGGAAAUACUGAUGCGUUCUCUGAAAGAGCAGGAGGCUGAGCUUGCUAACCUGCGCCAGGCCGCUCAGCUGCACCAGACCACGCUGCAGCAGGAGAGAGACAAAUACCAGAGAGAGAUUGACUCCCUGAAGCGCCAACUACAGGAAAAACUACAGCGGGAGCAGGAGCAGCAGCUGGAAAUCGCUCAGCUGAAACGAGAGUUAGCGGAGAGGAGAGCAGAAGUGACAAGUGCUCAAAGUGCUCUUCACAGCAAGGAGACGGCAGGACAUGAGAUGAGCAGUAUGUUGGUGGGGCUGCAGGCUCAAAAGGAAACACUGAUGCGUUCUCUGAAAGAGCAGGAGGCUGAGCUCGCUAACCUGCGCCAGGCCGCUCAGCUGCACCAGACCACGCUGCAGCAGGAGAGAGAGAGGACCCAGAGAGAGAUGAGUUCCUUACAGAGCCAACUACAGGCCAAGUUGAGCCGGGAGUCGGAGCUCCAGCAGAAGCUGCAGGAGGAGCAGUUUUGCUUAUUGCAGUGUGCUGUGGUGGAGGCAGAGGGCAUCAUACUAGACGCUCUGGCCAAAGUGGACGACCCCAUGCACGUGCGCUGUGUUUGCACUCCUGAGUAUUUGAUCAAUCGGGCUGAGACCACUCUGGUGUCCAUUGACAAGAUGCAGCAAAGUCAUGCUGGGUAUUUGAGAAAUCUGGAUGAUGCCAGUGGGCUGUUGAGAUCUGUGACUCAGUUUUCCCACCUUGCAGCAGACACUAUUGUUAAUGGAUCUGCUGCGUCCCACUCUGCACCCACUGACCAAGCUGACAGGCUGACAGAUAACUGCAGAGACUGUGCCACUCACUGUCUGCAGUUCCUUAAAGAACUCAAGCUGAAGGCCACACUGCAGAGAGCCGACCCGAGCGCCAUCCGCUAUACGGUCCAGCGCAUCCUCAACCAAGCCACUGAUUUACGACGCAAUGACGCAGAUAUUCAGAAAGCAGAGCUGGCAGAUAUGGUGGAUAAAGAGAUGGCUGCCACGUCCACUGCUAUUGAGGAUGCUGUUCUGAGGAUGGAAGAAAUAUUGAGCCAAGCAAGAAGAGAUACAUCAGGAUUAAAACUGGAAGUUAACCAAAGCAUCCUUGGUUCCUGCUCUGAUCUGAUGAAAGCCAUACACAUGUUGGUCACAGCGGCCACAGAUUUACAGAAGGACAUUGUGGAAAGUGGUCGGGGAGCUGGCUCUGUGAAAGACUUCUAUGCCAAGAAUUCUUGCUGGACUGAGGGGCUCAUCUCUGCCUCCAAGGCUGUAGGAUGGGGAGCCACACAGAUGGUUGAGUCUGCUGACAAAGUAGUGACAGACCGAGGCAAAUAUGAGGAACUGAUAGUGUGCUCCCACGAGAUUGCUGCCAGCACUGCCCAGCUCGUAGCCGCCUCUAAGGUAAAGGCAGAUCGAAGUAAUAAGAAACUUAAUACACUGCUGCAAGCCUCACGACAUGUAAAUGAUAUGGCAGCGGUCGUUGUGACUUCAACAAAAGCUGGACAGAUGCAAAUCGAAGAUAAGGAUCCGAUGGAUUUCUCAGGCAUGUCUCUGAUCAAGCUGAAGACAGAGGAAAUGGAAACUCAGGUGAAAGUGUUGGAGCUGGAGAAUCAGUUGUCCAGUGAACGCCAGCGGCUGGGCGAGCUAAGGAAAAAGCACUAUGAGUUGGCUGGAGUUCCUCUUGAUCAGACCGUAGAGAGGGAUUUUGAUGGGUUUGUCAGCGUUUUACCACCAGUGAUGCCUGAGCCACCGCUGCCUGAACCACCCAAACUUGAGCCGCCUAAAAACCCACCAUCUAAAAAACCUUCCAUUUUCCAGAAAUCUGGCAGUCUCCUUAAAAAUAAGUUUAGGUGAAGCCUUUGAGAAGAAUGUACAGUGGAAAAGACCAUUUGAAUUUAACAUUUUUUGGCCUUUUGUAUAAAUCAUUCAUUUAUUCUCAUUUAGUAACGGCUUUAUCCUGGUUAUUCGCAAUGAAUCCGGAGUCUAACGCAGGAACACUGGGUGUGAGGCGGGAAUACACCUUGGAUGAGACGGCAUUCCAUCACAGGACACCAUGCACACACAUUUACACACUUAUUCACACCUAGGGGCAAUUUAGUCACCAGCCCACCUACCAGCAUGUUUUUGGGCACUGGGAGGAAACCACAGAUCUCAGAGGAAACCCAUGUGGACAGUGGGGGAACAUGUGAAACUUCACACCACUUUUUUUUUUUUUUUUUUUUUUUUUUAAUUAGUAUAAAUCUUAUUUAAUUUGAUUAUUCGUGAUUUGAAUGAGAUAAAAUCAUGAUUUUGGAAACAAGGAUAUUAAUUUCUGAUAUAACUAUUUUGUAAACAUAUGUAAUUAAACAUAAUCUGUGAUGAAUAAUAAUAUUAAAGUAUAUACCACUGGUA